CCCAGAGAAUUAAUUGGCCGAAAGAGAAGGAAAAGGGUGAGUAUGUGGUUCAUAUUUACCAGUCGUCUUCUUCUUCUUGUGUUCUUCAUUUGGAUCUCUGAGCUGCGCGCUGCUCUGUUGACCGCUUCCGUCUCCAAUCUCAUCGUUUGAACCUAUUUACAGAAAUAUUCAUUGAAAUGGCUGGAGGAGGAGUCAUCCACCAGCUUUUGAGGAGGAAGCUUCAGCAAUACUCUUCUGCCUCUCCACUUUUAUCUAUUUUUGCUUCAAAGAAAAUUCAUGAUGAUGCUGGAUCAGCCAGUAUGAAGUCCCUAAGAACAUUUGCACUAUUUGGAGCUGGCCUUUCAGGGUUUCUGGGUUUUGCAACUGUAGCAUCUGCUGAUGAGGCUGAACACGGCUUGGAAUGUCCAAACUAUCCAUGGCCUCACAAAGGCAUUCUCAGUUCAUAUGACCAUGCUUCGAUUCGACGUGGCCACCAAGUUUACCAGGAAGUGUGUGCAUCUUGCCACUCCAUGUCUUUGAUAUCAUAUCGUGAUUUGGUAGGUGUUGCAUAUACAGAAGAGGAGGUGAAAGCUAUGGCAGCUGAAAUCGAGGUGGUUGAUGGGCCCAACGAUGAGGGUGAGAUGUUUACUCGUCCUGGAAAACUCAGUGAUCGUUUUCCUCAGCCAUAUGGAAAUGAACAAGCGGCCAGAUUUGCUAAUGGAGGGGCCUAUCCUCCUGAUCUAAGUCUUAUUACGAAAGCUCGUCACAAUGGUCAGAACUAUGUUUUUGCUCUUUUAACUGGUUAUCGUGAUCCUCCUGCUGGUGUUUCUAUCAGAGAGGGUUUGCAUUACAAUCCUUACUUUCCUGGGGGAGCUAUUGCCAUGCCUAAAAUGCUGAAUGAUGGUGCUGUAGAGUAUGAAGAUGGUACCCCUGCAACAGAAGCACAGAUGGGAAAAGAUAUUGUAACAUUUUUAUCGUGGGCUGCAGAGCCAGAAAUGGAAGAAAGAAAAUUGAUGGGGUUUAAAUGGAUAUUUGUACUCUCACUGGCAUUACUUCAGGCUGCAUAUUACCGGCGCUUGAGGUGGUCAGUUCUCAAGUCUCGCAGGCUUGUUCUUGACGUCGUCAACUAGGUUCCAACUGUUUCACUUGUUCAGUGAUUUUUGGAAGGACUUGAAAUUGGCAAUAAAUACUUUGUCAGAAAACUAGGCUUCUGCUGUGGCAAAAUUGGAUAUAUUGUAAUGGUGAUGGAGUGAUCUGAGAAGUCCUUUAUUAAAUUGAGGAAGAAAAAUAAGCUACUCCAUAUGCACAACAAAUUAUUGUUUCUCUGACGUGAAGUUUUUGUUAGAUUAUUUUUUUCCUUGGAAGUGAGAUGUUUUUCUGUUCCGGUUGCAAUUUUCA